GGCGAGCGCAGGGCGUGAGUACGGCGGUUGCUCGGGCGACUGUGGCGGCGCUGCGCGGGGAGGGCGACCAGCGAGCGAGACGUCGAGCGGGCCGCGGGGAGCUGCCGCCGUCGGGCGCGAGGACGCCGAGUCGCGACUGGCAGCGGGGUCGGCGGUGGAGUCUGGACCCGCGGCAGCCGAGGCCGUCUUUGUUGGAUCCGGCGUCGACCGGGCCUCCCCCGGGCGGUGGUUGCCGGGUCGGGAACUGUCGAGCCCGCAACGCUCCGGUGAACGUCAGCUGCGUGAGCCCCGCCCAUCGACGGCGGGACGGUGCGGCGCAGAGCCGACGCCGCACACAGCACCGCCUGCGGAGCCCCGACCCGGCCGUCGGGCACAGCCGAGAGCGGAGCGCGCGGCCCACCAUCCGGAGCGCCGGGGCGGCGGUGCGCGCGUCCCGCCCCAGGUCCUGUAGCCCUGCCCCCCGUGCUUUGUUACCGACCUCCUGGGGGCUGUGGACCCUGAUCGCGCCAGCAUCGUGGUCCCCUGACAGUGUUCAGUGCAGUGCUUCGGGUGCUCGUGCCUCUCAGUAACAAACCUGUGAUCACCAAAACCCUAUAGGGGAAACAGUCGCAGCCGUGACACGGGCCACCGAAGUCUCUAGCCAUGUGGACUUUUCUGGGCAUUGCCACUUUCACCUAUUUUUAUAAGAAGUGCGGGGACUUCGUGAGCCUGGCCGUCAAGGAGCUCCUGCUGUGCGUGCUGGUGUUCCUGUCGCUGGGCCUGGUGCUGUCCUACCGCUGUCGCCAGCGCAGCGGGGGCUUCCUCGGCCGCCCCCAGAGCGGCUCCCAGGCCGCUGUCUUCUCGGACGUUCUGUCGGGUUUGCCCGUCAUCGGCUUCUUCUGGGCCAAGUCACCCCCUGGGUCAGAGAAGGAAAAGCAGCUGGAGUCCCGGAGGCACAGAAAAGGAAUCCACCUUUCUGAAACAACCUCAAUAGGAGCAACUACCUCUACAUCAAUGUCUUCCCUGAAUGAUCCAGAAGUUAUCAUUGUGGGAUCUGGUGUACUCGGUUCUGCUCUUGCGGCAGUGCUUUCCAGAGAUGGCAGAAAGGUGACAGUAAUUGAGAGAGAUUUAAAAGAGCCUGACAGAAUAGUUGGAGAAUUUCUACAGCCUGGUGGUUGCUGUGUUCUUAACGACCUGGGUCUUGGAGAUGCCGUAGAAGGUAUUGAUGCCCAGUGUUUGAAUGGCUAUAUACUUCAUGAUCGGGAAAGCAAGUCAGAGGUCCACGUUAACUACCCUGUGUUAGAAAACAGUCAGGUGCAGAGUGGGAGAGGUUUUCAUCAUGGAAGAUUCGUCAUGAAUCUCCGGAAAGCAGCUAUGGCAGAACCCAAUGCCCAGUUCAUUGAAGGUGUUGCACUGCAGUUACUAGAGGAAGAAGAUGCUGUGAUCGGAGUAAGGUACAAAGACAAAGAGACUGGAGAUGUCAAGGAACUCCAUGCUCCUUUGACUGUUGUAGCAGAUGGGAUUUUUUCCAAGUUCAGGAAAAACUUGAUCUCCACUGAAGCGUCUGUUUCAUCUCACUUUGUUGGCUUCCUCAUGAAGAACGCACCACAGUUUGAACCCAAUUAUGCUGAACUUCUUUUACUUAAUCCAAGCCCAGUUCUUAUCUACCAGAUUUCAUCCAGUGAAACUCGAGUACUUGUUGACAUUCGUGGAGAAAGGCCAAGGAAUUUAAGAGAAUACAUGGCUGAACAGAUUUACCCACAAGUACCUGAUCACCUGAAGGAACCAUUCCUAGAAGCCUCUCAGAACUCUCCUUUGAGGUCGAUGCCAGCAACCUUCCUUCCUUCUUCGCCAGUAAACAAGCGAGGUGUUCUUCUUCUGGGAGAUGCGUAUAAUGUGAGGCACCCUCUCACUGGCGGAGGAAUGACUGUUGCUCUGAAAGAUGUGAACCUGUGGCGGAAACUGCUGAAGGGGAUCCCUGACCUUUACGAUGAUGCAGCUCUUUUGCAGGCUAAAAAAUCAUUCUAUUGGUCCAGAAAAAGUUCUCAUUCUUUUGUUGUGAAUAUCCUUGCCCAGGCUCUUUAUGAAUUAUUUUCCGGUAAAGACGAUUCCUUACAUCAACUAAGAAGAGCCUGUUUUCUUUAUUUCAAACUUGGCGGACAGUGUGUUGCUGGUCCUGUUGGACUGCUUUCUGUGUUGUCGCCAAACCCGCUAGUUUUAAUUGGACACUUCUUUGCUGUCGCAGCCUAUGCCAUGUAUUUUUGCUUUAAAUCGGAACCUUGGAUUACAAAACCCCGAGCCUUUCUCAGUAGUGGUGCUGUAAUUUACAAAGCGUGUUCAGUCAUAUUUCCUCUCAUUUACUCAGAAAUGAAAUACGUGAUUCAUGAAGCUUAACGGGGACCCACUUGAACUCACCAAGUCUUACAAGACUUUUCUGAAGCGUAAAAAGUGUAUCUAGCAUAGUACUUUACUGUACUACUUCUAAAGGGGAAACUCUUGGACCAAGAUUGGGAUUGCUUGGUUUUGAAGUUUUUUUGUAUAUAAGCAUGUAAAUAUAUGCCUUAAUUUACACUUUAAAAUGGAUGGUAAAAAUAAGCUAGAUAUUUAAAAGAAAUGAUUGUGACCGUAAGUUUGUGCUAACCUGAGGAACUGCAUUUUUCUUUUGAUUUCAGUAUUUGGGAUAAGUCUUGGGGCAUCCAAAUAAAACGGUGAAUCCUCA